AUGGCGCCUAAGUGGAGCUGCUGCGUUGCCGUCGUCGCCUCCCUCCUGCUGUGCAUCGCCGUGGCGGCGGCGGCGGCCAGGGACGUGCCAGCUUCCGGUGGCGACGGCUGCGGCACCGCCGUGGCUGUCGAGGCCGGUCGCGAAGGUGCCGACGCCGACGGCGCCGCUGGUUUCGACGAGGCCAAGACCGUCUUCGCUGGGAGCAAUGGAGCCGGCGCCGGCGGCAUCUUCGGUGGUGGGCCGUUUGGUGGGGGCAUCGCUGGGUUCGGCCCGCAUGGCGGGUUUGGGGCCGGCGCUGGGCCGUUUGGUGGGUUCGGAGGCGGCUUCGGCGCUGGCGGCGGCGGCGGCGGGGUGCCUUGA